UGGGACCCUGACUAUAGAUUGCACACUUGCCCUGCAGAAAAUGAAAGGACCAGACUAUGUCAGACUUGGUUUAAGCCUAACUUUGGCUUAAACUAUGAGGAACUGACAGGAACUGUUGUCUUCGAGCCUUUGCAAACCUGAGUUCGGUGUGACUUUUUGUUGCCGAGCGCAACACGCUGUGUUGGCUCCUGCGCCCAGUUGGCUCGAGCUCUCCGAACCAUGGUGCUUCGGGUGGUGGGAAAGCGCGCUGCGGGCGCCAGCCAGGUGGUGAAAAACAACCAGGCCAAAGCGCCUACAACUCCUCGACAAAGUGCCAGGAGUGAGGCCACCUCAGAUGGAGACUGUGAAUUCCAGAGCAGAAAAUCCGAAAGGCACCGAACGUUUGGUUGGGUUGAAAUCGAACCUGGGUUGGAAGUGGAGGCACUGGAGCCCACGGACGUUCUUAAAGAACAUGGUGUUCCAGAACGCGUCAUGCUAUCGUAUUUGAAAGGGGAGAUUGAAGGUGAAGCCGCGGUCAAGAACCUGCCAGCCGCGAUUCUGCUGAUUGUUUGGUUCUUGCUGAUGAACUUGUCUCAUGAGCUUCCGGAGACGAUUCAGAGCAUCGAAAAGGCCAUUGAUUUUGAUAUCGCAGAGAAUGCAAACUUCGCAUUUUCUAGCCCGCUGUAUAUGGGGCACAAGAACUAUGAAGAUGUGAACACCUUCGCAGAUUGGUACUCCUGGAUGAGGGUAGGCUUUUCCGCCAUCUACUUUCCAAUGGAUGCGUCUGUUUCAGAGGGAGCCGAAUACAGUCUUGGACAGCUCACUUUUGACGAAGCGAGUACGUAUUUGCAGCAUAAUCGGAAGAUUGGCGACGUGAUUCUGACGCAGCAGAGGCUCUUCGACUCCGAUUGCAGCAAUCCUCUAGUUAGCAAUGCCUUGAGCUUGAACUGCCGAAGCUUCAUCGGCUUGGACCUACGGCUGAAGCCCACCGAGUUGGACGUGAGCCAAUCGGGCAAGGAGUUUGAUGAGAAUGCAGAUCCCAGCAAGACAACGACCUUGAAGUAUUUGAUGGAAUUUCCACAAGUGAAUGUGAGUCAGCAGCUCGAGCAGCUCGAACAGACGCGUUGGCUCGACAACAGCACCUACCGCGUGAAGGUGUCGUUCAUGACGUACAACCAGAUCUAUGAUGUUCUGACGACGACCCACAUCCACUUCAUGUUUGCGAUUUCAGGGCACAUUUUCAAACAGAUUACUCACCGGUCCAUGAAAUUGGCGGCUCAUUCCAGUUGGGAGAGUUGGGUCUUCGAGGUCCUCUUCUUUGGACACAUCACGGUCCUCUUCGUGUGCGAAGCCUUUGAAGCAAUUUGCACCUUGCGAGAACAUCGUUACAAUGUUCUUCGCGCAUGGAAAGAGUAUUGGAAUUUCUGGAAUGUGGUGGAUUGGGUCUCCAUUUGCUUGGCCUAUGCGAUUUUGAUCACCUGGAUCAUCCAGUGCGUGGAGCAGGAUGCCAUCUUGGCGAAGCUGGAGGAUUACUUGGGUCUUCAUUCUCUCUGCCGAAGCUCAGCUGGCUAUGGCAGCACUGCAUGUGAUCAAGCCCAAAGCUAUGAUAUUGCGCUCUUCACGCAAGUGGAAGAACUUGGAUAUCAGAUCAGGAGCAAUCGAUGGAUCUCGGGAUUCUAUCCCGUUUGCAUCAUGAUGCGACUGUUCAAAGCCUUUGCUGCACAACCGCGCUUGGCCAUCGUGACCAAGACCUUAGCCUUGGCGGCGAACGACUUGACGCACUUUGGGAUUGUGUUCUUGUCCAUUUUCUUCACUUAUGUUGCCAUGGGAAUGGCCUUCUUUGGAAGAGAAGUGGAGUCUUUUGCAUCCUUCGACCGUGCCUGCCUCGCACUUCUGGAAGCUUUGAUGGGUGAGUUUAGCGUGGAAGAAAUGGAGCUGAGCGGUCGCCCAGUUGCCUUCUUCUUUUUUGGUACCUACAUGAUGGCAGCAGUCCUUCUCUUGCUCAACAUGCUCAUUGCCAUCCUCAUGGACGUCUAUGGGCAGGUUGCAGCAGGGUCUCGGACGAGCGAGUCGCUGUGGCAUGAAUGCUGGGAUAUCAUGCGGCGUGGCGCACGCAAGUGGACCGGAGAGCACACUCCACUCUCCCAGGUGGUGAAGAAGUAUAUGGAAAUUCACGGCAAGGAGUGCCUGGAAAGUGAUAAAGUGAUUUACGUCGAUGACGUCAUGGCCGCUGUACCAGGUCUGAACCGAAAGCAAGCAGAAGAGGAAAUGACCUCGGCCCUCGAAGAGUAUGCCCUGGAGAACUCUCCGGACAUUCAAAUUUCCGAGGUGAUUUCUACCAUGGGCAAGUACUUCGGCGGUCAAGUUGCUCCAGCAGUUUCACCAGAGGAGCUUGAGGACAUUUCAAGGCAAAUGGCCGGCUGUCCGCCUACCCGCGGCGCUCUGGCCAGCUCUGAUGUCUCUGACAACUCGGUACAACAAGCAGCCGAGGGGCUGGUCGGGGCAGGGAUUUCUGUGGAAGUCCUUCUGAAAGCUGCUGGGAUCAUUCUUGACAGACACGAGCCAGAAUGGAGUGAGACCAGUCGAGCACAAGUCACGGCUUUGCGGCACGUGAUCUCCUCUGCCGAAUUACUGUGCCGCGAAGACAAGACGAUCAUGAUGUGUCAACUUUGAUCGCGGCGAGACGCGAUCGUUUGCUGAGCCUUUUUUUCUCCAACAGCCACAAGGUUUUGCGCGUCGAGAAACUGCUGUCAUCUGUGAUGUCCAGCACUCUCUCUCUCUAGUUGUCUGACCCGAAGGGUAACGGACCAAUAGUGAGGAGCACAAUUGUGCAGCACCACGCUUUUUGCGGCAGUGGAAUUUCCGGGCUUUGCAACUUGAUUCAAUGAUUUUCCGUUGGAAAACAUGCAACGAUGCUUGGUUUCUAGCGAUUUUUAGCGUACAGCUUUCUCCUUGUGGCGCCUUUGGAUUUCGCUCAUGCUAGCAGUUGCAAAGCGCCCGAGGGCUCCUGUUUUACCCGCUCCAAACACUGGUUGCGGUCCUGCAAGUAGAUACCAUUGGAGUGAUAAUUUUGCAAGCAGAAA